AUGAGGAUACUACUUGCGCUUGUAGCAGCCCGUCUCGCCGCAUUGGCAUAUGCGGUAGACCAAUCGCCUACGUCAUCCUUGGGGCCUAUUGUCAAUCUUGGAUAUGCGUCAUACGCUGGUAAUGCAACAUCCCCGGCUGGACUCGAAGAUGGACCAUUUGUUUUCUACGGCAAUAUUCCUUACGCGCAGCCGCCCGUCGGGGACCUUCGCUGGAGAGCACCGCGAAUGCUGGAUGAGCAAGCCCAGACGGGCCAGGUUGCAGACGCGAGGGGCUGGGGCCCUCCGUGUUUGCAACGCCCAGCUAUGGUAGGAAUCGGUUCAGAAGUCAACAUCUGGAAACCCAAGUCUGCUUCUGAAGGAGAUGCCCUUCCGGUUGCCGUUUACAUUCACGGAGGGGGGUUCUAUGCUAAUUCACCACAAGGGUUUCCCCUGUACGACUGGAUAGAACAACACGGAAACUUGGUUGGCGUUUCUAUCACCUAUCGACUUGGACUCUUGGGCUUUCUAGGCGGCUCUCUGGUAGCUGCCGACGGAGAUUUGAAUGUUGGAUUACUGGAUCAGCGCGCUUCCCUUGAGUGGAUACAGCGACACAUAUCCAAGUUUGGCGGCGAUCCAGAUAAUGUGACAGUCUCUUUCUCAGGUACAAGACCGGUUCCUUUCAAGCGUGUGGUGGCACAAUCAAUAGGUUAUGGGCCUACCCGAACCGAAGCAGAAGUGGAGGCAACUUUUCGAGCCAUCGUUAGUGCCACAAACCGCAUUCCAGGCAACCAACCCUCUCAAUUUGCACCCGUCAUUGAAGGCCCGGCAGGUUUUCUCCCCGGUCUGCCAUCUCGCUUGAUCGAGUCUGGGAAUUUCAGCACUGUCGAAUUCAUUGGCGGACACUGCACAAACGAUGGGCGGACGUUUGCUGGUGGUCCUCCAGAAGACUUUGUCACAGAUGCCGAUAUCGAACGUUUAGUAUUCUCCAGAUGGCCUGCUGUUUCGAACGCCACGAUGGCAAAGGCUUUAAUGCUCUACCCCUCCCCACAGACCUCGGGCAGUCCUUUUGCGACUCAAUAUGAUCGCGCAUGGACGAUGGCCGGAGAGGCGAUUUUCACAUGCUUGUGGAAUGCUCCCGACACUGUACUAUAUAAUGCAAGACCUUAUCUAGGCGCCAUGCACACCUCAGAUCUCUACUAUCUAUUCUCCGCGCCCUAUGACAGGUACCAAAGUGAAGCUACGCUCUCGCAGGAAGCCAUCAAGUACUGGACUUCGUUCGCUAGUACCGGUGACCCUUCAUCUGAUCAAAAUGGUCACGUACCCCUCUGGGAGCAGUAUGUUGGCUCCGAUGCUCGUCGGCGAAUGGUCCUCUCCCGUGGGAAUGAUACAGCUACAGCGUCUCACAUGGAGACAAUCCUGGACGACGAGAUAGCACGGUGUAGAUUUUGGAUGAGUGAAGACGUGACUGCAGAGACUCGAGUGUAG